CCCCCUUUAGGAGGCAGAAGGUAGUGAUCCCCUGGGCCACACUCUUGAUCACAUGGCAGCAUGGCUUCCAAGCCUGCACAGCUGGUCUUGUCACCAGUUGUGCAACAAGCAGGCAUUUGUGUGGGAAGGGGAAGGCCUCAGAAAGAUCAGCUUAUCCUUGGGAGUAGAUUCUUGUGUCUGGCCCUGUGUUGGUGCUGCCUGGUCGGCUGGGUCCGGCACCUCUUCCCAGGACAGCAGGGAGGACAGGGAGCCUGUCAAAUUGGGCUUGGCUAUGGCUUCUCCUCCUGCUGCAGGGCAAAAGGAAGCACCCCCCUCUGGGGCCACUAUGAUAUUGGAAGCAGCUAAGGCCAAACUGCUACGCUGGAGCCAACGAGGCUGCCUCUGGCUGCUGGCAGGAUUGUACAGAUGGUGGCCAGCCUGCCUGACCCCUCCUUUCCGUUACAGGCUGCUCUUUGGGAUGCUGUAUCCUGCCUAUGCCUCCUACAAGGCUGUGAAAACAAAGAACAUCCGGGAAUAUGUGCGCUGGAUGAUGUAUUGGAUUGUGUUUGCCCUCUUCAUGGCUACAGAAACGGUUGCAGAUACCUUCAUUUCCUGGUUUCCCUUCUACUACGAGAUCAAGAUGGCCUUUGUAGUGUGGCUCCUGUCUCCUUACACGAGAGGGGCAAGCCUGCUGUACCGCAAGUUUAUCCAUCCUACGUUGUCUAACAAGGAGAAGGAAAUAGAUCAGUUCAUUGUUAAAGCCAAAGAGCGUGGCUACGAGACCCUUGUGAGCCUUGGGAAGAGAAGCCUUAAUGUAGCAGCCACAGCUGCUGUCCAAGCUGCUACGAAGAGUCAGGGCGCCCUGGCUGGCCGACUGCGGAGCUUCAGCAUGCAGGAUCUGACUUCCAUUCCGGACACAAGCCCAGUUCACUUUUCAGAUCCCCUUUACCCAGAGGAGCAGCAGCGGCCAAGAUUGGCGACUCGUACUGUAUCACACAGAACUACUACCCGACAACUGGAGUACGAAAGCAAUGAGGAAGACUGUUGGUCAGAUUCUCAGCUCUCCCCGGGGUCCAAAGCCCACAACAAGGAUCCAUUGAUUUCCAGGCCACUGUCUAGGACUCAGAGCCUUCGGCUGGUUAAGAAAAAGCCUUCAGCCAAGGAGGGUUCAACUCGACUGGUGCGAAGCCGCCUAAGAAAGAAGGUGGUGGAGCAGGACAGCUAGGCCACUUCUGCUUCAGAGAAUCACUUGGGCAAACCAAUUGGCACAUGGCAUGGGGGGUGAUUCUAAUGGUGCUUCACAGCAUGUUUUGCUGACCCUGUUCAAGGAGCUGUGAGUAGUUUUUUUCCACCUCAGACGGGCAUGGUCAGUGUGGCCCCAAUUGAGCCACUUCUCAGUGCCAGUAGUUGUGAUUGGGUUCAGUGGGGCUGGGAAAUAAGCCUCUUGCUUGGGGGGAUUCCAACAGCUGAGGAGGAACCUGAUUUGCUGGUCCUUGUUGGCAGUUGAGCUGGCAGCAACCUCUGGUGCCUCUCUGGCCUUGGCAGGCUUAGCUCUUGUGCCUGCCCCCACCAUGAUGCCUUGACUUGGAAUGGUGGCUGCGGUUUUCACUCAGUGGCUCUUGAACUGCAUCUGAGUAUCUUGCUCAAUUUGGCUGCCUAUAUUAGGAAGUCUGCCCCCUGCCAUCAUGUGCCUCAGCAUGCAGAAACUGAGGCACCCUUUCCCCCCAAAGACAUGUGCAAUGCCUGCCAGCAUUUUACUGAAUGUUGAGCAGAUAUUUCUGCAGCUUAUUUACCAGCAUCUCAGAGUCUGUUCGGUUACCCUUCUGCUUAGGUUUGCAAGAAAAAGAAACAGCCGCAAACUUGCACCUAAAUAUUCCUCACCCCCUUUUGUGGGUCUCUGUCUCCAAAGAGUCAAACUUGAUUUAACUACUGUGACUUGAGUGUCUUUGUAUUUUGAGUAUGUUUUGAAUUUAUAUUGAUUAAACAUGUGUUCUUAAAUCUAA